AUGUCGCUAACACUUGAAGAUAUUGGAAGUUCAGUAUCUGAGUACACUAUUCCGAGAGAUGUCGUGAGUAUUGCUAAUGGUACAUCAAAUCAAUAUUUUGCAUUAAAAUCAAUUCAAACAUUAAGGAAAAUUUCUUUCGAAAGUCCAUCAUCACUUAAAUAUCUUGGUCACUAUUCGUUUUAUUGUUGUAGUCAUCUUUCAGAAGCUGAUUUAUCUAACUGUAGUUUCCUUGAAAAUAUUGGAUCAUUUUGUUUUGCAGAAUGUUAUUCAUUAUCCCGUGUAAUUUUCCCAAAGCAAUCAAAGCUUGAGAUUUUAGGUAUUGCAGCUUUUUCGGGAGCUGAUUUGGUCUUGUCUUAUUCAUUUCCUUCAUCAUUAAUGUAUAUUAAAGGUAAUAUAUUAGACACUGGAUGUUUUUCAAACUAUGCAGGCAAUGAAUUGAGAUUUAAUGAAGGCUUAGUGUCAAUAGGCCCAUGUGCUUGCAUUUACGCAAAUUGUAAAUAUAUAUAUUUGCCAUCAUCUCUAACGACAUUGCAUCCAUAUGCUUUUAUUUGCAUACCAAAUUUGAUUGAGAUAUUUGGUAGUGGAUCUAUAUCUUAUUCAAUUGUUGAGAAAGCAUUGCUUAGUCACGAUGAAACUAUUUUAUAUACGUUUCCUGCUCAAAUAAAUGGUAUAUAUUGUGUUCCGAAUACUGUGAAGAUUUUGUCCUUCGAUUGUUUUUGUUACUCGAGAUUACAACAAAUAAUUAUUCCAGAAUCGUGCAUUGAAUUUAAAAGAACUCCCUUUUUUCAUAUGAAGAGUCUAACUUAUUUGAAAAUUCCUAAAAGUAUUAUUAAACUUCCAUCACUUGUAAUAAAUGAUUGUCCUAACCUAAGAAAUUUAACAAUAGAACUAGAGAAUAUCCCAAGCCUAAAUUAUCAGUCUGUUGAAAUAAUAACACUCGGAAAUGAAACAAAGGUCAUUCAAGAUUAUGCCUUCGCGAGUGCUGUGAAUUUGAAAUCAAUUAUCAUUCCUCCUUCUGUCACUAUGAUUGGAGUUGGUGCAUUCCAGGGUUUGAAGAAGCUUCAAUGGGUGAGAAUUUAUGGCCAGCCAACAAUUGGGAAUUCCGCUUUUCUGAAUACAAGAAUAUCAUGUGGUGUGGAUUGCUACUCAUCUUUGAUUGAUCCUCUAAUUGCUUCUGGAAUAAAUAGCAACUCAUUCAAUUAUUGCUGUAUAACGCAUGCAAUACAAAACAAAGCAUGUUUCAGAAAUUUAUUUGACAUCUAUGCUUUCAUAUUUCUUCUUGUAUAA